UACUAUGUACGGACCUUGGCAGACAAAUGACAGGACCAUGAAUGAAGCUAGGAAAGAAAUGUUAAUGCAGAACCUUUUGUAUUUUAUUUUAACUAUUUAUUAACUUCUGCAGUUUGAAUUGAUCUCGUCAAGAGGCCAUUUGAAUAAAACAAACAAUUAAUCUCGUAUUAAGAUCUGAAAAUGAUACAAUAAAUUAAAAUUUAAAGGAAGUCAGUGUUCUUUUCUAUUGUUUUUGACUAUCAAAUCACCUUUUAUUAUGGCUGAUUUUGAUGCUAUUUACGAAGAAGAGGAGGAAGUAAAUGAACAAAAUCUCGAGGAUCACUAUAAUAUUAUGAUACCGGAUCCUAUUGUAGUUCGAGGUGGAGGAAAUAUGACAGUGUUUGGCCUCAGUAAUCGAUUUGAGUCAGAAUUUCCAAAUGGGUUGGUGUCACGUGUUGCACCUGAAGAAUUCAAAGCAACUGUAAUGAGAGUUAAUAACGUUCUUAAAAAAACUCUUCCCGUCAAUGUCAAGUGGCUAUUUUGUGGUUGCGUUUGUUGUUGCUGCACUUUAGGAUGCUCUUUGUGGCCUGUCAUAUGUCUUAGCAAAAGGACUCAACAUUCUAUUAACAAAUUACUGGAAUGGGAGAAUAGCAGACUUUAUCACAAAUUAGGUUUACAUUGGAGAUUAUCAAAGCAAAGGUGCGAUAGCUCUUCUAUGAUGGAAUAUGUUCUUCUAAUAGAAUUUAUUCCUAAAAUUCCGCUUUAUAGACCAGACUAAGGAAUGCAACUCUAGAAUAAUUUGAGCUUUAAAUUUAAGAUUUAAUACAAUAGUGAAUUUUUGAAUGUAAUAUUAAAAUUUGUAAAAAUGUGUCUUUUUUGUAAAUAUCAUGUAUAAAAUUAUGUAGGAUAAUAAUUUAGAAAUGCAAUUUAUAUGCAAUGAAAGAACAGGAUUGCAAUAAUUGCAUCACACCGUACUCUAUCAGGUUUAUAUUAUGUGAACAUUGAUUUAUAAAAGGAUGUGACGAAGAAAAGUAGAUUUUUAUAAAUUAACUUUUAGAAUUAGAA